UGAGAAUUCAAGAAAUUAUCAAAAUGGUGAUGUGGCAUCAAUCCUCGAAGAUCUCCUGUAUCAGAUCAGCCUGUACAGAACAUGGAGAGGGGGGAGACCCUUGUGUGGGAAUUACUGACAAGUGCAGUGUUCUUUACUGACCAGUGAAACACUUCAUGAAAGUACUGAAUGUUUUGGUAUGUGUGAUUUUAUUAAUUUUUUCCCCCCUUUUUUUUUUACUGUCUAGUUCCAAGAUGGCAGAAUUAUUUAUGGAAUGUGAAGAAGAGGAGCUGGAACCAUGGCAAAAGACAGUGACAGAAGUGGAGGAGGAUGAUGAUGACGACGACGAUGAUGAUGAGCCAAUCUUUGUGGGGGAAAUCACAAGCUCGAAGCCAGCUACUACAUGUGCCGUUCCUUCCUUCAAGACUGAGGGUCACCAUUAUGUGAGUGCUGCCCCCAGUGCCGUGCCCAUCCCGUCGGUGUUCCAGACUGCCCCCAGACCCACCAGCAGCUCGGGAGCAGGGCAGCCCCUGGCUAUGGCAGGGAAUGUGUCAGCAGCCUCACAAACACUGCAGAGACCUGUGGCUGGAUGUUUAUCAACGCAGCAGCUGCCUGGGGCAAGUUCUGGAAUAACACAGCCUGUAACCAUUCCAGUGACAGCACAGCCAGCAUCAAGAAAUAUCCCAGUUCCUGCAGUGGCUCAGCCUGUGUCCAGGCCAGAGACUGGAACAGCACAGCCUGUGAUGCUCAAUCAGGAUUAUGUUAUGGAGUCUCUACCCGAUGCACCAGAUAAUACAUCUGAUCUACUGUUUGGUGUGAGUCAGAACUCGGGAGUUCCACAGUACCAGACUGGGCCAGCAGUGAAUGUAACAGGGACAAAUGCAUCGAGCACCAUUAAAAAUGGAGGACCUUUUCCACGAGCUUGUCCAAAGUGUAAUAUUCAUUUCAAUCUUAUGGAUCCCCUAAAAAAUCAUAUGAAGUAUUGUUGUCCAGAUAUGGUAAAUAACUUUUUCCCAGCAACGAUCAAAACAGAAUGUUUGAGCACAACAAGUAAGAUUGCUGAAUCUGAGAAAGGAAAAUUGAUUAUGUUAGUUAAUGACUUUUAUUAUGGGAAGGAUGAAGGUGACACCCAGCAGGUGCAACAGGAGCAGAAGACUCAUACGACAUUUAAGUGCAUCAGUUGUCUCAAAGUUCUUAAAAAUAACAUAAGGUUUAUGAACCAUAUGAAACAUCACCUAGAGCUCGAGAAGCAGAGCAAUGAAAGUUGGGAAAGCCACACCACCUGCCAGCACUGUUACCGGCAGUUCCCCACCCCGUUCCAGCUGCAGUGCCACAUUGAGAGCACACACACGCCUUACGAGUCAUCCACCAUUUGUAAAAUCUGUGAACUGUCCUUUGAAACAGAGCAAGUUCUUUUGCAACAUAUGAAGGACAAUCACAAGCCAGGUGAAAUGCCAUAUGUUUGCCAGGUGUGCAGCUACAGAUCCUCAGCUUUUUCAGAUGUAGAAACGCAUUUUAGAACAGUUCACGAAAACACAAAACAUUUGCUAUGCCCAUUUUGCCUCAAAGUAAUUAAAAUUGGAGCACCAUAUAUGCAUCAUUACAUGAGGCAUCAGAAAAAGGGAGUGUACCGCUGCACUAAGUGCAGGCUGCAGUUUUUAACGUGCAAAGAGAAAAUGGAUCACAAGACUCAGCAUCACCGAACGUUUAGGAAACCCAAACAGCUAGAGGGCUUGCCUCCUGGGACAAAGGUGACUAUUCGAGCAUCUCUAGGAUCUCAUCAGUCAGGAUCAUCAGCUACAUCUUCUGUCAGUACAAGCAGUUCCACGUUUCAGUUAUCACCUAAAACUAAAGCCACAACCACUAAAAAUCAUAGCAAAUCUAAUUCAAAUAAAUCCAGAGGAAAAUCAAAACAAACUACAUCAAAGAAACAAAAUGCAUGGACCAACAGCAAAAAAAAAAAGGAAGUUACAAAUAUAACAUUUCAUCAUUUAAGGUGUCGCUCGGGGCAUCACAAGUGCAUUGAGUGUUACUCAGAAGUCAAGGAUUUCGCCAGCCAUUUCCCUGCCUACGUCCACUGCAGUUUGUGCAGAUACGGCACCAGCUGUAGCAAGGCCUAUGUGAACCACAUGAUGAAUUUUCACAGUGCUCGUCCCAGUAAAAGAUUUUGGAUCUAUAAGAAGCAAUCAGAAGAUCUACGAGGCUUGACUGUGGUGUGUCUUAACUGUGAUUUCCUGGCUGAUGUUUCUGGCUUAGAUAGCAUGGCCACACAUCUGAGUGAGAGCCACACUCAUACUUGUCAAGUUAUUAUAGAGAAAGUUUCUGUAGAUAUCCCAACUGCUGCACAAGUAUCUGACAAACAAGAGCAUGACUCUUCAGAUGAAACAAAAAAAUGCAGUAGAAAUCCAACUAAAACGGUUGCAUCUGCUGAAAAGAACGAAGAAGACUCAUCGCUGUCAAAUACAGAAGAUGUUCCUCGUUUUGAACUCCCUGGCAACAGCUCGAAGAAGUCUUUGCAUGAGAAAAGAGCAUGUUGUGCUUCAGAUGACAAUAACAAACAGUUAGAUGAGAAACAAAAAGGUAUUCAUGAUGGAAGUGAGUUGAAAAGGUGCCAAAGCUCAGGCGACGUUCUCCUGGGUGAGCAGACUAAAGUGCGGAGCUUGGAUGAAAGCACCCUGUCAGCGAUGAACGUGAGGGACCUGAAGCUGACCUUGGGGGAGGAUGUGAGCUUUGAGCAGUUCUUCAGGAAGAGAGAUGAACCUGAGUCUGUCAGUUCUGACAUCAGUGAACAGGGCAGUAUUCAUUUGGAGCCUUUGACUCCAUCAGAAGUACUGGAGCAUGAAGCUACUGAGAUCCUUCAGAAAGGUAAUGUCACACCUUCGUCAAAGAAAGCGGGACAGCUCACGGAACAGACAGAUGAGGUUUCUAAGGAAAGCAAUCCCAACAGAAUGGAGACAACUGCAAACCAGACAGAUGAAAAUGAAGCAAGAUGAAAUUGUGUCGACUUUAUUGUUACAAACGGUGGUAGGAACACCACGGACCAUUCCUGAUGAGUGUGCUUAUGGAUGCUAAAUAUUAAAAAAAGGGGGGAGGGGGGAGAGGGAGGAGAGAAAGAGACACCAAAGGGAAGUUUUGCAUAUGGAGAUAGCAUGUAUGUGUAUGUGUGAAUUAACUGAACUUACAGAAGGUAAUAUGUUCAAGUAUACCUUCCUGUCUCUUGGAUGUGAUAUAUUAUUAGAUUGAUAUUUGAAAAGAGGUAUAAAUUCUAAUUUUUUUAUAGUUAACUAGCCCAGGAUAAGGUGAUUUGUUCGCCCAGAAAGUAUUUUUUUAAAUUCUUCAGUGUGAAUAUCAUUGAACAGUAGAAUUGAGUAUAAACUUACUUCUGAUGCUAAAGUGGAGCACACUUGUAAUCAGGGCUGUUGGUCUGCUGAUAAUUUGGGUAAACAUAAACCUUGGGACUUGGUGUCACAUUCCUGUCUGUAAAAGCAUGUAAACGGAAUUAUAUGAAUCUGUGCACCUCUGUACAGGUAUAAUCCUGCCAGGCUGUAAGCUUACCUUAAUAAACUUUCAGUGAAAGUGGAAUUAUUACAAUAAAAAUAUGUAUUUGUGGGGUUUUCACUGUGCAGGCUGUGCAGAAAUACCGAACAUAGUUGUAUAAAGUAGAACAUAAUGCUGGAAGUACUGUAGCUGUUAGGCUGUUACCAUUGGUUUUAUGAUUCUUAGCCAUAGACACAUAGGAAUGGUCUGUAAGUCACACCAAAGUAUGGUUUUAAUGUAAAAAUGGUAUUAAGCAAAAAUAAGGAAACCCCCAAACUGGAAACACCCCCUGGUGUGUGUUCCGCCAUUUUACAGCUGCUACUGACUAAUUUACAGAUAGGACACAAGGGCAUAGAAGGUAGAAUUGUACAGUUCAAUUUCAGGCCUUUUUGUAGUCUAAGUUAUGUACAGAAAGAUGGCUGCUGGUUUUGAUUUUUUUGGGAUCUUUUUGUUUUGUUUUUUUCCUUUGAUUUUAGUUUUUUUUUUUUUGUCUUCUCGUUAGCAGCAGGUAUAGGAAUGCAUCUGAUUAACGGUAGCUUGCUCUUAGGAUUUCGUUGCUCCAUCGGAAACAUUCAGAAUGUGCUUUUGACUUACACUUUUGUUUCUAUGGAUGCUAAAUGUUUUGAACAGCUGUUAAAGCACUGCUGUAAAUUAUUACUUUUCGAGUAAAUAUUUGCAACAAAAA